CAUACACAUGCCUCAUCUUUCCAGCCGAGGCUGCAAUGCUUAAGGAAGAGAGAGAAACAGAGAGGAAAGACAGCUUGUGUUGAAAAGCAAAAAUAGCAGAAGAGGAGAGGAGAGAUGAGAUUCCAAAAGAAAGCCUCCUAGCCCAGCCAAGCAUCUCUCCCCCUCCCCAGCACACAGCUCUCUCCGCCAGAUCCCUUGACUGCAUCCCCUGGUCCUCUGCAAAGACACCGAGCACAGCAACACCCCCUUCCUCCAAGAACAGGGUGGGAUUGCUGAAUGGAAUAUCCUCCUAACUCUGCAGCCUGUUGGGGCACCCCCCAGUUUUCUCCAAGGAUCUGGGGUCCACCGCAAAAGAGACUUUGCCUCGGGGAGUCUUUGUCCUUGGCGUUCUCAUCCUUGCAAGUGACGGGUCAAGCCAACAAGGAAAUGGUUCCUGUCCGUGGCUGAAACCGCAGCUGCUGGAAUAUGCAGCCCGGAGGCCUUCCUGGCAGCGCAAAGGCAGCGGACUGCGCCAAGGAGCCGAUCACCACGUCGCGCGCGGGGGCCACGGCCGGGAGGCAUGGUGACAACUUUCAAGAUUGCCGUGCUGGGUGCUCAAGGGGUCGGAAAGAGUGCCAUUGUCCGCCAGUUCCUCUACAACGAGUUCAGCGAGGCCUGUGUGCCCACCAAGACCCGCCGCAUCUACCUGCCUGCUGUGGUCAUGAACGGCCACGUCCACGACCUACAGAUCAUGGACUUCCCACCCAUCACCUCUUUCCCAGUAAACACACUGCAGGAGUGGGCGGAUGUGUGCUGCCGAGGCCUCCGGAGCGUUCAUGCCUACAUCUUGGUCUAUGACAUCUGUUGUUUUGACAGCUUUGAGUAUGUCAAAACCAUUAGGCAGCAGAUCCUAGAAACGAGGGUCAUCGGCACCUCUGAUACGCCCAUCAUUAUCGUGGGGAACAAGAGGGACCUUCAGAAAGGCCGGGUCAUCCCGCGCUGGAAUGUCUCCAACCUGGUGAAAAAGACCUGGAAAUGCGGCUACAUUGAGUGCUCGGCCAAGUACAACUGGCACAUCCUCCUGCUCUUCAGCGAACUCCUCAAGAGCGUGGGCUGCGCCCGUUGCAAGCACGUCCACACCACCAUCCGCUUCCAGGGGGCCCUACGAAGGAACCGAUGUACCAUAAUGUGAAGUUCGGAGGAAC